AUGAGAGAAAAUGAGGAUAUUGAUGACUAUUUUCGUAAUUUUGAGAUGACUGCUAGAGCUCAAUUAUUCCCGCAGGAAGAGUGGUUGGGUAGUUUAGUACCCAGGCUAAGUGAGAAGGCUAAGUAAAUAUAUUUAGAAAUUGUUAGUCCAGACGCUCAAAUUUACGAUAAAAGUAAGACGACUAUUUUGAAUGCAUAUCAGCUUAACGUAGAUCAUUACCGAUAUCGAUUUCGCCAUUCAGAAAACAUGCUGGCGAAGAUUUUGGUCAGUGGGCUCACAGAACUCGCAGAUAUUUAAAUCGGUGGAUGACUGUAGCUAAUACUAAUAACGAUCCAGACAAGAUAUUUGAAUAAUUUGUUAUAGAAAGUUUGCUAGAUGGGGUAAGCCCAGAGUUGCAAGUUUGGCUCAAGGAGAAAAAGCCUGAAAAGGCUGAGGAAUUAGGAACUUUAGCAAAUGAAUAUGUUCAAAGCAGAAAAGGCCCUUUAAUUGAUGGUAAAUAUGUAGAAGCAGGGAAAAGAGUAGAUACCGUAUUUAAGCGCAUACCUGCGAAUGUAAAACAAAUAAGAGAUCAACAUAUAAACGAAAUAAACCCAAAAUUUAAGCAAACGCGAGAUAAAAGUAAUUAUAAGUCGAAUGUUAAGUGUUCUAAUUGUCAGGAGAAGGGUCAUUAUGCGCAUGAGUGCCGUGCUAAAAAGAAAUCUCAAAAUGGAGCAUGCUUAGGGUGGGCUUCUUUGUGCACCACCCUUGGGAGUUGUUUGGAUGGAAAUUUGAAUGGGGAAAAAGUACAAAUGAUUAUAGAUUCCGGUUGUUCAAGAACACUAGUGCAUGAAAAAUUUGUGAAUCGAAAUUAUUAUACUGGUGAAAGCAUUAUGAUUGUAACUGCGAAUGGUGAAAGAGUCGAAGUCCCGUUAGCUUGGGUGACUAUACAAAGCAAGCAAGGUAUAUAUAGGGAAUUAAUAGGGGUUAUGAAAAAUCUCCCAGUUGAGUGCUUGCUUGGGCGUUCAUCAUAUGGCAAAUCUUUAGUGAAGGAAAACUUAAUCGAUCAUUGGGAACAAGCUCUAAAUUCAAAGUCGGAACCUAAGGCAUUAUAUAAUAGUGCAAAUAAUUCAGCCUAUAUGGUUACUCGUAGACAAGCUGCGCUCAUAGAAGCUCAAAAUAGGUUGGAUAAGUUGACAGAUAAACAUAAUGAGUUAGCUAUUAAGACUCUUAGUCGUCAAGAAGUAAGUAAUAAGGAACUUCUCGAGGAUAUAGAGCUGGGUGAUUUGUUUCAUGAUAAUAAUAAUAAACCCGAUGGUAAAGAAGCCGAAGUAGUAGAAAAAUUUAGUGAUGCGUCUCCUCACCAUUUUGUUGCGAAAUUACCAACGAAUAUUUUAGAUCGUAAUCGUUCACAAUUGAUAAAAGAUAAAAAAGCAGAUGUUACAUUAC